UUGUGCAUUAAUUCUGCCUGUGACUGGUGGCUCAGUAUAUUAAUAAAUGCUUGUCCAUAACUGACCCUCUGUUUUCUUGCUUGAGAAACCAAAGUGGACAGUGGACACACUUAAAUUGGACUGAACGGUGAACUUGAGUUCUUUCUAGGGACACAGUGAAACAAAUCUAUUCAACUGACCAAACACUAAACACCGUUUGAUCUGCCCUGAAGUUAAACAUUAUCAUCAAAAUGUUUUGUGGAGACUAUGCUGUGACAAGGACCUGCUGAUCGACAUUCUGACCCAGCGCUGCAACACCCAGAGGCUAUUGAUUGCUGAGGCUUACCUGGGUGCCUUCAGCCGGGACCUGGUUGAGGACUUGAAGGAGAAGCUUUCCAAUCACUUCAAGGACGUCAUGGUCAGCCUCAUGUACCCCCCACCCUCGUAUGAUGCCCAUGAGCUGUGGCAUGCCAUGAAGUGUCUCAUAAAAUGGUAUGGAUUUCUGAAGCUCUCUGAAAAAGGUGUGUUGUCUUUCAAAUCACCAUCAGGGAGGAAUAUCCCAUGACUGGAAGAGGCUGCAGAGAGUACCCAGUCCAAAUAUUCAGGCAAAUGGGAGCAGGCACUGAUGAGAACUGCCUCAUUGACAUAUUAGCUUCGAGAACAAACGGAGAAAUUUUCCAGAUGCGAGAAGCCUACUAUUUGCAAUACAGCCGUGACCUGCAGGAGGACAUCUACUCAGAGACCUCAGGACACUUCAGAGACAUGCUCGUGAGCUUGGUCCAGUUUGGUCAGAAGCAGGUAACCUCUCAUGAUGGUCUGGCCUCACCUCUGCUCUCACUGAAGAAUCCCCUCAUGUCCAGCUGUGUCCCCCACACGGUUCCAGCCACUGUGGUCUGCCUCAUUGUCCUGGGCUGCCGGAAGGGUCUGCCUGCUGUAGCCGGAACCAGGGAGGAAGGAUACACAGACCCAGCCACGGCCACUCAGGACGCGAUGGUGCUGUGGGAGGCCUGCCAGCAGAGGACAGGGGAGCACAAGACGCUUCUGCAAUUGAUGCUGUGUAACAAGAGCUACCAGCAGUUGUGCCUGGUUUUCCAGGAAUUUCAAAAUAUUUCUGGGCAAGACAUAGUAGAUGCCAUUAAUGAAUGUUACGAUGGAUACUUUCGAGAGCUGCUAGUAGCAACUGUUCUCUGUAUUCGAGACAAACCAGCCUAUUUUGCUUACAGAUUGUAUAGUGCAAUCCAUGACUUCGGCUUCCAUAAUAAAACCGUGAUUAGGAUUCUAAUCGCCAGAAGUGAAAUCGACCUGAUGACCAUAAGAAAGCGAUACAAAGAGAGAUAUGGGAAGUCCCUUUUCCACGACAUCAAGAAUUUUGCAUCAGGGCACUAUGAGAAGGCUCUGCUGGCCAUCUGUGCGGGUGACGCAGAUGACUACUAAGUGAAAAGGAGAAUCUGGAGUACGCCGUCAUCUUCACAGACACGUCACAUAUAGGUUGUGAUUAAUUU